AUGGAGGAAGAGGCUGGGCAUGCGGGGGAGGUGAGGGCGCAAGCGGACGUGGACAAGGCGGAAGACUCGCGGGGGGAGGGGGAGGAAACGCGGGAGCGCGGGGGGCCGGCCACAGGGCUGGGCGCAGAGGCGGAGGGCUCGGCGCACAGCCCGCAGGGGGGUGGCGCGGACGGGGAGGGGAAGGACAGGCGGAGGGGGAAGGAAGGCGGGAAAGAGUCCGCGGAGGGGGAUCAGGGCGCGGAGGAAGAGGGAAAAGACCCGGGGAUGGAGCUAGAGAUGAAGGCGGAGGAGGAUACGCUGGCGGAAGAGGCGGAGCAGGCAGCGGCGGAGGCGGAAGCGGAGGCGGAGGCGGAAGCCGCCGUGGCGGCAGCAGCCGCGGAAGCAGCGGAGGCGGAUGAGAAGAUGGGGGAGGGCGGGGAGAAGGGCGGAGGCGGCGGGGGAGGCGGAGGCGGAGUGGGAGGGGGAGGGGGAGGCGGGGGGAUGGAUGAGCCAUCGCAGAGGCCUCCGCAUGGGUCGGAGGUGUUUGUGGGGGGGAUUACGAGAGAUAUCUCAGAGGAGGAUAUUCGGGAGCUCUUCUCACAGAUAGGCGACAUUUAUGAGGUGCGCGUGCUCAAGGACAGGGAGACGGGCAACCUCAAGGGGUACGGCUUUGUGACGUUCUUCAACCGCCAGCAUGCCGACAAAGCCAUUGACACGCUCAAUGGCUCCGAGAUCAAGGGCAAAAAGCUGCGAGUGACGCCGUCGCAGUCCAAGUACCGCCUGUUCGUGGGCAACAUUCCCAAGAGCUGGUCACGGGACGACCUGCACGCCACGCUGGAGGCGGAGGGGAAAGGCAUCACCAACCUCGAACUGCUCAUGGACCCCAAGCUGCCAGGGCGCAAUCGCGGGUACGCGUUCGUGGAGUAUCACAACCAUGCGUGUGCGGAGGUGGCGCGGCGGCACAUGACGGCGCCGUCCUUCCGCCUCGCAGGCAACGUGCCCACUAUCAGCUGGGCCGAACCGCGCUCCGAGCCCGACCCCUCCGCCAUGGCGCAGGUGAAGGUGAUAUACGUGAAGGGCAUAUCGGAGAAGGUCACAGAGGACGAUCUGAAGGAGGCGUUUCAGCGCUUUGGCGAGGUCACACGGGUCAUCCUGCCGCCCCCGCGCCCGGGGCAGCCAAAGCGCGACUUUGGGUUUGUGCACUUUGGAGAGCGGGCGGACGCACUCAAGGCGAUUGAGACGCAGGAGAAGGUGCUGGUGGAUGGCAAGGAGGUCGAAGUAUCUCUAGCCAAGCCCCCCCCAGAGCGCCGCCCAGGCCCUGGGGAACCCCCCUACCCGCCCCGCUCCGCGCCAGGUGGGGGAGGGGGCAACGGGGGCAGCGGUCCGGGAGGCGGCAGCAACACAGGGGGCGCUUCAGGCCUGCAUCCCCAAUACCGCUCCGGAUAUGGCUAUGGGGAUAUAGGAGGGGGCGAAGGGAGGGCGUAUGGGGGAGGUGGCGGGGGGUAUGGGGGGAGGGAGAGGGGCGGGGAGGGGGCGUAUGGGGCUUAUUCGAGGAGCUUGGGGGAGAGGGGCGGGGGCGGGGGAGGUGGCGGGGGAGGGGGCGGGGGAGGGGGGUUUGGGUCGCAGGUGCCGUUUAUAUACGGGAGGGGGCCGGCGCCAGCUGGCAUGGUGAUGGUGCCGAUGAUGCUGCCCGAUGGACGGCUGGGAUACAUCCUGUGA